ACCUUUCAAAUAUUCCACCAGAGUGAACUUGUCCUUUACUGUGUUUUGGUAUUUGCAUUAGCAGCAAUGGUUUCGUUGUCGCUAAAAUCACUAAAAGAGAUCAUGAGAGUGAUGGUGGAUUGUCCUGGAUUUGAUCGGGUUUUAAGUAAGGUUGAAAUACUGUCUGCAACCCCUGGGAAAGUGGUGUGUGAGAUGAAGGUGGAGGAGGAACACACUAACAGAGGAGGCACUCUUCACGGAGGACUGACAGCCACACUGGUGGAUGUGAUCUCUACUACUGCCAUCAUGUACACUGAGAGAGGAGCUCCUGGAGUCAGCGUGGACAUGAACAUAACAUACAUGAAUGCAGCUAAAAUUGGAGAAGACAUCCUGAUCACUGCGCAGGUUUUAAAACAAGGAAGGACUUUGGCAUUUGCAACCGUGGAUCUCACCAACAAGGCGAACGGAAAACUCAUUGCUCAGGGUAGACACACUAAACACCUUGGUAGCUGAUUAUGUGCCCUGUAAAUUAUGUAGUUCUUUAUGGUAUAUAAUAAAAAGUCCAGCAUAAAAGUA